AUGACUAAAUUUGUGGCUAUUGUUCUACAAAUUAUAUUAUUACGUGCACUCUGCUCAUGUUUGGAGGUUCAAACAGAGAAUGGAGACAGCAGCUCUGGUGAACCCCUAUUUCUUUCGCCGUACCUCGAGCGUGGCGAUGUGACUGAGGCGCGGCGGCUGGCGCGCGUGGCGCUCUUCCACGACCUGCACGUCGAGAGCUACGCCGGCUUCUUCACCGUCGACAAAACCUACGACUCCAAUCACUUCUUUUGGUACUUGCCCAGCAUGUCAGCUAACAGAAACGAUGACCCCGUUAUUUUGUGGUUGGAAGGGGGUCCUGGCGGUUCAGGUAUGUCCAACGUUUUUAUGGGAAAUGGUCCUGUUGCUCUGAAGAACCACACGUUUAUACGCAAAGAGUACCACUGGGUUCUUAACCACCAUAUGAUCUAUAUAGAUAACCCAGUAGGCUCUAGCUUCAGCUUCACCCAAUACAAGGAUGGUUAUUGCAGAAAUGAAACACAAAUCGCUGAAAAUCUGUACUCCAGCCUGACUCAGUUAUUCCAGCUUUUCCCAGAGCUGCAGCGGAAUGAGUUCUUCAUCGCGGGAGAGUCAUACGGCGGGAAGUAUGUCCCGGCUCUAGGCUACGCUAUUCACAAGAAAAACCCCACAGCGGAAACCAAAAUAAACCUCAAAGGUUUAGCUAUCGGUAAUGGUAUGACCGAUCCUGAAAACCUGUUAAAUUACGGAGAGUUCUUAUAUCAAAUAGGUCUUAUAGAUUUAAACCAGCGAAAAAUAUUUGAAGAAUAUGAAGCUAAGACAGUGAAUUAUAUUAGAAAUGGCCAGUGGAUUGAAGCCUUCAACACUUAUGCCGCUCUUAUUCUUGAAGAUAAUUCCUUAUUUAACAAUUUCACUGGAUUCGCUGAAUACUCUUACUAUAAUUACUUACAUACCGGAUUUAAAGAAAUCGAAUCGAAUGUUUCAGCUGAACUCAAAUUUAUAUUGAAACAAAACGUUUUUCGAAAAGCAAUUCAUGUGGGAAAUCUGAAAUUCCAAAAUGGUUCCUUAUUGCGAGAGAUUUUACAAGCAGACGUAAUGAAGUCAGUUGGUCCGUGGUUAUCUGAACUGUUGGACCAUUAUCAUUGUUUGGUGUACACUGGACAGUUGGACAUUAUAGUCGCUUAUCCUCUGACACUCAACUACUUGCAGAAGCUGAACUUCAGUGGUUCUGAGGAGUACAGGACGGCGAAGCGUUCGAUCUGGCGCGUGGACGGGGAGGUAGCGGGGUACGCCAAGCAGGGGGGGAGGUUGGUGGAGGUGCUGGUCCGGGACGCCGGGCACGCGGUAAUAUGGGACAAGCCCAAGUGGGCAAUGGAUAUGAUCCAGCGUUUCACCCAUAAUGAAAAUCAUUGGGAUAACUAA